AUGUAUCGAGCUACAGAAGGCUACUAUGAACCUUUCGACAGGUAUGCCAGAGGUGACAAAACCGUCAAAGAGCCUGUUGAUGAAGAAUACGAACGGACGGGCAAAGGGAUCGCUGCUAGUAACGGGUUUGACUUUGGGAUGAAGAUCAGGCCAACCAAAGAGGAGAUAUCAUCGAUGGGUCCUGCAUUUGAGAAGUACUGGAAACGCAUCGGUGCGGAUAAGCCUGACAAACCUCUUUAUUCUAACGUUAUCCUUCCCUACUUCUACUCGUAUCGUCCACCACCUGAAGGCAAAUACUUCUGCAUAGGCGGUUUCCACAACUAUCCCGCGUCCAGAGGUUCCAGGAUCUACCUGUUCGUGUAUGGUACUACAAGAAACAACGUGUUCUGUCGUCGAUUGCCCUUUUACGAAGGCGAAGAACCCGACUCUCACCCUCGGUUCGAUCCAAAAUCUCCCGCUCGACUCAGAACCUCAGACGAUCCCAAUAGAACAGAUAAGCCCGUAGAAGAGGAUGUCAUACCUUAUUCAGCUGAAGACGACAGGGUGAUCGAGCUAUACGUGAGGGAGAAUGUUGCGACAGCUUACCACUCUAUCGGGACUUGCGCAAUGAGGGGACGAGACGCGAUGGGUGUGGUGGACGCUAGGCUGAAUGUUCAUGGGGUGAAGAACCUCAAGGUGGCGGCGGAGAAUGCUGCUAGGAUCAUCCUCCAAGAUCUCGAUGCAAUGAAUGGGGUUAGACAUGUAUCUGCGAAGUUGUGA